AUGGAAUGUGUGUCUUCACCUGUGAAGUCACCUAAAGGUAAAAAGGGUAACAUAAGAGUCGGUGAAACAUGCACCAAGAGAGCUAGAGUUAGUCAACAAUGUAUGGAGGAUGUACCUAAUGAUUCUACUGAUGAUGAUUCUGCUGAUGAUGAUUCUUCAUCUUCUUCUUCUGAUGAUGGGUGUAUUGAUGAUGAUCUAUUUGUUGUUGAUAGUGAUGAUAUAGGGUAUGUGAAUGAUGAUUAUCAGCCUUAUGAGGAUCCAAUAUGUGCUAACCCUUUGGGUGAAGAUGCAGAUGAUAUAAAUUACAUACAGAGAAUUUUUAUUGACAAAAAGCACUUGAGGGGUGUUGCGAGAGAAUAUGCUAUUCAGUCAGGGUUUGAAUAUGUAGUUGAUAGGGAAAACAAUAGAAUGUAUACUGUCAAGUGUAUGGACAUUAAUUGCAAUUGGAGACUUCAUGCUAGUAGACUUCCAGAUGGAAUUGAUGCUCAUAACAGUUUGGUGAUGGUGAAAUGGGCUGCCAAUAAAUUGAUGGAGGACAUUAGGGCAAACAAUGACAUAUCUGGAAAGACAUUAAAUGAGCUUAUGGAAGCAAGAUAUGGGGUUACUUUGAAGACAAUUACUAUUUUCAAGAUGAGAACAAUGACAUUGAAUGAAAUAAAUGGAGGCCAUGAUGAAAGUUACUUCUUUUUUCCUGGGUAUGUUGAUAUGAUCAAGGAAACAAAUCCAGGCUCCUCUGCUAUUUGUGCAUGGCAUAAGAAAGAGUCAAUUGAGAGGCCUUUGACUUUUAGAAGUAUUUUCAUUUCAUUUAGUGCAUGUGUUAGUGGUUUGAUUGGAGGAUGUAGAAGCUUCAUAGAUGUCGAUGGUGCACACCUUAAAGGCCAAUAUGGAGGCACUUUAUUGUCAGCAAUUGCAUUGGAUGGGAAUAAUCAGCAUUUCCCAGUUGCAUGGGCCAUAAACCUGUUGAAAGACAGUGGAAGAGGUGAUAAGUGGACCAUUAUUUCUGAUAGACAAAAGGGAAUUGAAAUAGUUUUGAAUGAGUUAUGGCCAACUGUAGGAAGAAGAUAUUAUUGUAAGCAUCUGUCAAGCAAUUGGAAGAAAAAAUUUUCUAGGCCAUUACUUUAUGCAAUGUUUUGGAGGGCUGCUAAUGCAUCAUCAAAGUUCAUGUUCAAAAAGGCAAUGGAAGUCAUUGAUAAAGUUGAUCCAAAGGCUAGAGCUUGGUUUGCUGACAUUGGAGAACAAUCAAGGUGGAGCAAACAUGCAUCUGAUCCACUUGUUUGCUGUGAUGAAAACAAAACUAAUUUCGUAGAGAGUUUCAACGCCACACUUGGGGUAUUAGAAGAGUUACAAUGGUACGCAUGGCUACCAGAAAAAAGAAAAAUGAGCACUAGAAUGAUGAUGAUGACAUGUAAGACAUAUAAAUCUGGAGAUGGUGUUUAUGAAGUGAGGAAUGGUAAGUCUAUCUUACUAGUGAGUUUGGUUGAUAGGACAUGUCUUUCCAAUGCUUGGCAAAUCACAGGACCAUAUCAAACACAGAACACUGGCCAGAAAUGCAAGGUCGUGAUCAAGCCUCCUCCAUUGAAGAGAUCUAUUGGAAGACUUGCUAGGAAUACGAAAAGGGCAGCUGAUGAGGAAAGAAAGGGAAAUGGGUCAUCAACUUUCAAAUGCAGUAGGUACAAGGAGUAUGGGCAUAAUGUGAAAACAUGUAAGGGAGGCUUAACAGCUAAGGAAAAGAAAAAGAAGAAGAAGAAGAAAUCAACUGCCACUACCUCUUCACAACCAACUAAACCUAAAGGAAGGAGUAGAUCAAUAACAAGGUCAGUAGGCUUUGGAAAACAUACUCAGUAUCUUAUGCUUUGGAAAACAGUAUCUUAUGAACUACUAUCUUUUGCUUUGGAAAAUAGUGAUCAGUAA